AUGAGGUACUCAAUCACGCAGCUUACAGCUGUUCUCACAACUCUAUCCACAACAGCACAGUCUGCCGUCCUUCCACGGGAGAAGCAAGGGUCCUGCACGAAGACCAAGGUCGCUAUCCUCGGAGCCGGCGUCGCUGGCAUAGCAGCAGCCCAAAACUUGACAAAAGCAGGCAUUGACGAGUUCAUCAUUGUAGAGUAUAAUGACUACAUUGGCGGGCGAAUGAGGAAACAAUCAUUUGGCAAGAAAGCAGAUGGAAAACCUUACACUAUUGAGUUUGGCGCCAACUGGGUCGAGGGUAUCGGAUCAGAAGCUACACAUGAGAAUCCCAUCUGGCAGUUGGCAAAGAAGUAUGACUUGAAAUCGCAUGAGUCCGACUACGAGAACUACUUGACAUUUGACCACAAAGGACAGACAAACUGGAGCAGCACGAUUAAAGACCUGGAGGAGAUCUACAGCAAGGCUGAAGCCGAAUCUGGUCGUCUCCUGCUCGGCAACUUGCAAGAUACUUCCGUACGUGCCGCUAUUCGCUCAGCAGGAUGGCGUCCAGACAAGGACGACAUGCACGCGCAAGCCGCCGACUGGUGGAAAUGGGAUUUUGAAUCCGCUUGGACACCUGAUGAGAGUGGUCUCAUCUUCGGAGUGGCUGGUGGCAAUGCAACAUUCGGCUACUUCAGUGAUGUCAGCAACCUCGUCGUCGACCAACGUGGCUUCAGCACCAUCAUACAAGAGGAAGCCAAGACCUUCCUCAAGAACGGUGAUAAACGACUCCGACUCAAGACAACUGUCGAAGGCAUCAAAUACGGAAAGGAUGGCGUGACAAUCACAACGGACAAGGGCGAUUGUAUCCAGGCCGACUACGCCAUCUGCACCUUUUCGCUGGGCGUGCUGCAGAGCAACACCACCGAGUUCAGCCCUCCCCUCCCCGACUGGAAGCAAAGUGCCAUUGACCAGUUUGCUAUGGGCACGUAUACCAAGAUCUUUAUGCAGUUCGAAGAAGCCUUCUGGGACAACGAAACGCAAUUCUUCCUGUAUGCCGACCCUCUCGAGCGUGGCCGGUACCCUCUUUUCCAGUCACUCAACCCCGAGGGUUUUGCGCCGGGCUCCAACAUUCUCUUCGGAACUGUUACUGGACAGCAGGCGUGGCGCGUGGAACGCCAGACCAACAACGAGACGAUGGAACAGAUUCUCGAUGUCUUGAGGCUGAUGUUCCCCGACAAGAAUGUGACGACACCGACUGCUUUUACCUACCCUCGCUGGAGCACUGAACCUUGGGCAUAUGGCUCCUACAGCAAUUGGCCCGUCGGCAUGACUCUUGAGAAGCAUCAAAACAUGCGCGCUAACGUUGAGCGACUCUAUUUCGCGGGCGAGGCUAAUUCAGCUGAGUUCUUUGGUUUCUUGCACGGCGCAUACACUGAAGGUCGCGACAUUGCCAAUAAGAUUGGCAACAUCCUCAACGGAAAGGCUGGCGAUGAUGAGUUUGACAUGGAGAGGUACGAAAACCUUCACGGGACGACAUUUGUGGAUGAGUAUGAUGAGGACAACGGCUGGUUGUUCCCGUAUGACGUCGAGGGAGAUGAAGAAGAGGGGGAGGAAGAAUGA